AUGGCGGACACAAAUCCUGCUGGCAAGCAUCCACAAGCGGCCACUGUUGAGGACUGUGCAGACUCGGAUGAUGAGAAAGGUGACUCCAGCGCUUCUAAACCGGCUUCCAACUCCGCGUCCAAGAGGAGCCGCAAGACUUCGAACACGAGACGAAGUUUUCCUAGCAAAGCACGAUCAGCUAGUGAUAAUGGACAACUAGAGGCUCCUCCUCCCAAGGUCAAGGAUGCUCCCUCGCGACAGACCGAGGAGCCUGCAACUCAAGCAGGAGCAAAGGAUGAGAUUUCGACAUACGAUACCUCCUCUGCUCCUUUCUCUCCCGAUGAUGAUGAGCAUUUCUCGGCUCGAAACUUACCCACCAAGCCACAACAUGUGCCAGGAGGCUUUGAUUCGGAUACCUACUCUUCCGAGUCGCCACCGGAUAGUCUUGAAUACUAUGAACAGCCAAUGCGGCCNUCCUCCUUUCAACGUGCCACCACAUCGGCGGUGCAGCAAGUUCACCGGAGUGGUCAUUCGAGGUCAAGAUCUGACUAUCCAGCAGAGUCGGCGUAUGGUUACCGGCGCGCAUACCCACCUGAAGUUACUUGGGAUCAACAUUCUCACGCCGAGUAUCCAGAGUACGAGGACCAGCGAUCCUAUCCAGGCGGCAGACGAGGCUCCAACGCAACCACCUGGACCCAACAAACCUCGGCCUCUGACCCUCUACACCCAACCUACGUCCAGUACGACCAUCACGGCCGCCGCAGUGGCUACCCGAACCAGGAACAUGCCGCCAUCGACUACAUGGAUCAAGCAAGAGGUCACCCCGAAGAAAGGAUAACAGCAGAAACACUCCGCCAACUCCCCAGCGGACCCCGCAGCACACGAAGCAACCACAGCCACCGCCGCAGCCAACACAGCAUGAGCGAGACCUCAUCACGGCACCGCGGCGCAGAAGGCAGUGUCAAACUCAUCAUGCCCAUCGCCGCGGCCGAGGACACCAAGAUCCAGCUCAGCGGCGACAUGGGUGAUCGCGAAGUGUCCUUUCGCUCGAUCAACGAUCCUGGCAUGGUGGAGGUCACGAUUGGCACGGUUGCUGGUGGUGAGCGCAGGUAUUUGAGGAGUGCGAGCCAGACGUCUCGUGCGCCUACGAGGUCUUCGGGGAGUACAAGGCAUGCUACUAGUGGUGGUGCUGANGGGCAAGAGCAGGGUCGUGAGUAUCGGGAGCAUCGCGAGCAUCGAGAGCAUAGGCAUCUGAGUCGUGCGCCAUCGUCUAGGAAGUCGUAG